AUGGACGGUGUCGGCGGUGAGACUCUGACCGCUGUCCUGAACGGCGUGCACCUGUUCUGUGUGCCGUCUGUGCUGGCUUUAAGCCUGACGUUCGUCGGAAUAGAUUACUGCGUGAAUAGGCUCAGCGGCAUCGGUGCAAGUAGGAAAAUUACCGAAACGUUUGUAAGUCUCUGGAUUCCGUGGAUAUACGGAGCUCUGUCCCUCGUUCUGCUGUCCCUGGCCCCAUGGUCCCAAAUCUUCAUUCAGUACAAAGAACGUGGAACAACUUUUUCAACUGUGCCCCGAGAUAAGCUCUUCAUGACAAUGCCUACUCGAUAUUCUGCCAUUUCGUAUCACUACAGCUUGG